GGUACAACUGUUCGACGGACGCUGAGGUUCGGUCGCGCGAUUCCGCCUGGCGGGACGUAACCAGAACCCCGAUCCGGCUUCGCUCCUCCUCUCCAUCUUCCACCGCGAGGAAGACGAGCGAAUCUUCCGACCGAGGAGAAGCGGCGGCGGCGGAGGAGACCGAUCACUCGCGGCUUCUCUCCUUCUCCUCCUCCUCCUUCUUCUUCGUGGCGCUCGCUGCCGAUCCAGCACCGCCACCGCGCGCGAUGCGCUCGCUGAAUCCGCUUUGAGGUGGUUGUUUGGUGGUGGUGGUGGUGGAGAGUGCGCGAGCGCGCGCGAUGUCCGGGGCGGAGUACAGCGACCAGAGCCACCUGCUCAGGGCGUCGGGGGACGACGCCGGGGAAGGGGGCGGCGAUUUGGAGGCUCAGGGCGGCGGCGGGAGCGGGAGCGGGAACGGGAACGGGAACGGGAGGGGACGUUUCAGGGAUCUGCUCAAGCACUUGGAUCGCAGGUUCUCGGGUCGCCGCCAUAGCUCCAAGCGGCUCGAUAGGGACAGGGAUAGGGAGCGGGAUAGGGAGAGAGAGCACGCCUCGUCGAGGGACGAGGAUCAUCAUUUCGACGUGGACGGUGACGUUCUGGGCGACAGCGCGCCGCCCGAGUGGGCGUUGCUGCUGAUCGGUUGCCUUCUCGGCCUCGCGACGGGUCUCUUCGUUGCUGCCUUCAACAACGGGGUGCAUCUAAUACAUGAGUGGGCAUGGGCUGGUACCCCAAACGAGGGUGCUGCCUGGCUUCGUCUACAGAGAUUGGCUGAUACUUGGCAUCGCAUUCUUCUAAUUCCUGUAACAGGCGGAGUUAUUGUUGGGAUGAUGCACGGUUUGCUUGAAAUAUUGGAUCAAAUAAAGCAGUCCAUGUCUUCUCAAAGGCAGGGUUUUGAUUUGCUUGCUGGAGUUUUUCCAUCAGUAAAAGCCAUCCAGGCUGCCGUGACUUUGGGUACUGGUUGUUCUUUGGGUCCUGAAGGCCCUAGUGUAGAUAUUGGAAAGUCAUGUGCACAUGGAUUCUCAAUAAUGAUGGAAAACAACAGAGAAAGGAAGAUAGCUCUUAUUGCAGCUGGCGCCGCGGCUGGAAUUUCUUCAGGUUUUAAUGCUCCACUUGCUGGAUCUUUCUUUGCAAUUGAAACUGUUUUAAGGCCUCUUCGUGCAGAAAACUCUCCUCCCUUUACAACAGCAAUGAUAAUAUUAGCUUCAGUUAUCUCCUCUACCGUAUCAAAUGUUUUACUUGGGACAGAAUCAGCUUUUACCGUGCCAGCAUAUGAUCUGAAAUCUGCUGCAGAGCUCCCUCUGUACUUGAUAUUGGGAAUGCUAUGUGGUGUAGUAAGUGUUGCCUUCACCCGCUUGGUUAGUUGGUUUGCCAAAUCAUUCGAGUUUAUAAGGGAAAAAUUUGGCCUUCCUACUGUUGUUUGUCCUGCUUUGGGUGGUCUAGGAGCUGGGAUCAUAGCUCUUAAAUAUCCUGGAAUUCUUUACUGGGGUUUUACAAAUGUGGAAGAAAUUUUACAUACUGGGAAUCGUGCAUCUGCACCUGGAAUUUGGCUGCUGACACAACUAGUAGCAGCCAAAGUUACGGCUACAGCAUUAUGUAAGGGUUCUGGUCUGGUAGGCGGCCUGUAUGCACCAAGUUUGAUGAUUGGUGCUGCUGUUGGUGCUGUAUUUGGGGGCUCAGCUGCUGAAAUUGUCAACUCUGCCAUUCCAGGCAAUGCUGCUGUUGCCCAGCCACAGGCAUAUGCACUGGUUGGCAUGGCUGCUACAUUAGCUUCUGUGUGUUCAGUGCCAUUGACAUCAGUUUUACUUUUGUUCGAGCUGACAAAAGAUUACAGGAUAUUGCUUCCACUCAUGGGAGCUGUUGGAUUAGCGAUAUGGGUGCCCUCCGUGACAAACCAAGCCAAGGAGACUGAGGCAUCUGAAUCACGAACUCCACGAAAAGGCUAUUCUUAUCUUUCACAUGCCGAAGACAAAAGUGAUGCUGAGUGGAGGCAUACUGAGGGGCAUGGUUUAGAACUCCCUCCCAUUGAUGCUCAAUUUGAAGUGGAUGACGAAGAUAUUCUUUUGGCAGAUCUUAAGGUAUCUCGGGCAAUGUCAAAGAAGUAUGUGAAGGUUUCUCCUGCCAUGACCUUGAAGGAUGCCAGUAAAUGCAUGCUUGAUAACAAGCAAAGUUGUGUGAUUGUGGUUGACAAGGAAAAUCUGCUUGAAGGGAUAUUAACUUAUGGCGACAUAAGACGCUAUUUAUCCAAAACGCCUACUGAUGCUUUGACUGGUGAUGCUGCAUUAGAGGAUGCAAAUACUUCUCUCGUUUCUUCCAUAUGUACAAGGAAGAUAACUUAUCGUGGUCAAGAGCGUGGACUUCUAACGUGCUACCCAGAAACUGAUUUAGAAACGGCAAAAGAGUUGAUGGAGGCCAAGGGGAUCAAGCAAUUGCCAGUGGUAAAGCGUGGUGGAGAACCUCCAAAAGGACGAAAGAGAAGAAUUGUAGCUAUCCUUCACUAUGAUUCACUACAGACCAUUCUCAGAGAUGAAAUAAAGCACCGAAAAGAUGUAAAUCAACACAGAAAAGAAAGCAAUCUCGAAGUCUCGAUUUCAAACUCCCAUUAAGGAGGCUACACAUUUGAAGAACCUUUUCUUCCCUCUGCGGCCAAACUACCAGCAAUUUUUAGUGUGUCUGCUGAAAGUUUGCCUUGUCCAGACUGUGAUCUGGCCAGCAGAGUCGGUUGACGAUAGAACCGUGUCGGCCGGGGCUUUCUCCGACAAAAGAUGCAUCUUUGUAUUUUACCAGAAUUUUUCUUGUAAUUUUUUUCAUUUUUAUAUACAGCUCAUUCCCGGUCCUUCUUGGAUGACAAAUGUGGUGGGUCGAUAAAAGAAAUAGUCGCAUGAGAAGAGAUAUGUAUCCAAUAGUGUAGGAAAGUAAAUUCCUUGCGUCCUACAAAGUGUCAUGUUCCUCUCAAACCUGAUAUUCUACAAUGAAUCAAUUAAAGUCGAGUGAAGUGCUGGAUGUAUAUCCUUUAUACCUCAUUCCUGUUAA